AUGGCGACAAUCUCUAUUCCUCUAUCUCCAAAGGCGUUCUCCGGCCGACAACUUCCGACCAAAUGUGGCCGUCCCACUCCCCGGGAGCUCCACUUGCCCUUCAAAAUCAGGUGUUCCUCGAUAGAGAAUGGUUUCAAAUCUGUAGAAAGUUCUACUCAAUUUAAGGAGCUCAGGAAUGUAGCUUGUGGUGUUCUUGCUGUUUGGGCUGUGACUGCUGCCUCGCCUGUAAUUGCAGCUAAUCAGGUCAAAGUUCAAGAGCCUUGCAUUUUUAAUUUGAUUUUACAAUUGAUAGAAAAAAAUAUCUGGGAACAGAAUUAA